UAUUUCCAUCGAAUAGAAAGCAACUUCAGCAAAAAGGCCUUUUCCUUUCUCCCUCCUCUCUCUUCUCUCUUCUCUCUUCUCUCUUCUCUCUCCUACCCCGGUGUUGAUGCCGCCAAAAUCUCGACAAUGUCGCCGUCCGACGACAUCAAUUCAUAAUCUCAAUCGAAAAAGAAAUUUUAUACAUAUGAUCGGACGAAAUUUCAAUUUUAUUGAUCAUCAGUGAGAGGGAGGUAGUCUUUUUCGAUUCAUGAAAUUCAAAUAAUUUGCGAUUUCUCGUCUCCUUAAUUUUUUGUUAUUCCUUUUGUUUGAUUGAUUGGAAUUCAGCGUAAAUUGAAGCCACAAAAAUAGGACAAACAAAAACAAAAACAAAAAAAGAGGAGGAAAUGAUGUUUUAUGGUGUUGUGAAUAAUUUUUAGGUUUGAUUUUUUGAAAUUUAUGUCCUUAAUUUUGGGUGUUGGUGAUAGGUUGAGGAGGAAUUUGGUAUCUACUAUAGUUAUAUAUUGAUUAUUAUUAUUAUCAUCAUUAUUAUUAUUAUUAUUUUAUUUUAUUGGUGUAUAUAGAGUUAUUAAACUCGUAUUAGUAUAGUAUAUCAGUAGGUAAAUCAUUUGUGGGUUGAUUUUGGGUAGAUAUACUGAUAGUAGCGUUUAAAGGGUAUAGUUAUAAGUGUUAUAUAUAUAUAUAUAUAUAGGUAUAUAUGUUUUCUUUGUUUCGAUUGGCGGUAUAAGCUUCUGGAUUGGGAAGGUGAAUUGGAUUCGAGUAUGAGCUUUUUCCGGUGGAAUUCGCUCGUGAUUAGAGGGUUUGAAGGAAAGAUUUGUUAAGUGGGUCGAGAUUUGUGUCGGGCUAGCUAUGAGGAGUAACGUGCAUGUACCCUUGGAUCAGGGGUUUCAUAAUGAAUCUACUGGCGGUGUUGGGAAUAGCAGGUUACCAGCGGGAAAUACUGUGAAUAAUAAUUGUGUGUCUGUACAGACAGGAGAGGAAUUCUCUUCUGAGUUUCUUCGUGAUCGUCAAACUCCGAGGGUGGCCCCUCCGGGGUUACCUAUAGGUCAAAAUCAAGAGUUAAGAGCUGGAUUUAAGAAUGAGCAUGAUCGUCAAAUGGGUUACGAAGAGCUUACUAGAAUACUUGGUAUCAGUAGAGUGGAUUCUGAGUGUAGUUCUGAGGUAUCAGAUUUUUCUUCUGCACAAGGCUGUCCGCAAGAGGUUGAGCAUCAGACUCGUGUUGGCAGAAGAUGUCACAUAGAUGACCUUGCUAAUGGCCUGGGUGCAUGGGAGGCUAAUGGUGUUUUGAACUUUGAUCAGCUUAACCUUGGAGCAAGAGUACCACCAAUAACUAGUCCUCAUUCUCCUCAAUUGUACAACCCUUAUGAUUUAGGCUCUUCGGAUGGCUCUCAACCUGGCAAGUUGAGGAUUCUGUGUAGCUUUGGUGGUAAAAUUUUACCUAGGCCAAUUGAUGGGAAGCUUAGAUAUGUUGGAGGAGAGACACGAAUGAUCUCAAUCAGGAAGAAUAUUUCAUGGGAAGAACUUAUUUAUAAGACUUCUGGCAUAUGUAAUCAACCACAUAGUAUAAAAUACCAGCUACCAGGUGAAGAUCUUGAUGCACUCAUAUCAGUAUCUUGCAAUGAGGAUCUCCAUAAUAUGCUGGAGGAAUAUCACGGGAUUGAAAGGUCUGCUGGGUCUCAAAGACUUCGAAUUUUUCUGAUCCCCGCAAGUGAAACUGAAAGUCGCGGUUCAGGCACCUUCCAGCAGGCCAUUCCCGAUUUUGAAUAUGUUGUUGCUGUUAAUGGUAUACUGGACCCUGGCCCUCGGAAAACCUCUGGAGAGCAGCUAAUCACCGAAUUAACUAAGUCAGGUGGUACACUGGAUCGUAUUCCGAGCUUUCAUGGUGAUUCACCUUCAUCUCUUAAUGGCAUGGAAAGCAAGAAUGGGUCUAGCUCCUCACAAGGGGCAUAUUUUGGUAAGGAAUUUUGCAACACAACCAGGUCACCAGCUCAGUCUCCGUCGUUCUCUUCAAGACCCGCUCAGUACAAUAAUGUGAAGAGUGGUGGCAUGCCAUGGCAUGAGGAUAGCUUUUGGAAACACAGUGGUGAAAGCACAAGUUCCUUUGUUAAAAACCAACUGCCAGUGGAUAGUUCCUGUGGUAAACCAGGUGUACCUGGUCGGGAAUCCGAUUUUGAAGCUCAACAGGGAAGUGGGGAUUUUAUCACACUGGUAACUGAUGGUAGUCAGAAUCACAAUGGUGGUGGACCAUCUCUGGUUUCAGGCAGAGAAGUUCAGCAUGAGAGGUAUAUGUCACAAGUUGAUUCUCGAGGCUUCAUGCUGGGAUCGACUGAAUCAUUGGACUCUCAUCAUGGUAUGAUUCAUGCGUAUUCGGAUUCACAGCUGCAGCAGUAUGGGGAGCAGGCCUCAUACUGUUUGCAGGAGGGAUUAAGCCCAUCUUCGUCUUUGCACUUUGUAAACCCAGCAAUAACCUCUCAAGCAUUGUCUACAAGCCGGCAAGACAAGGUUGUUCAGCUGCAAGAGAAUGUCCUUAUUGUCAAGCCUGAAGCUCAGAAUCAGCUGAUAGAUAUGGAUUUGACUGACUCCUGUAAGAGAGGUGAUCUCCCUAUUCCGCUUUAUUCAGAGCAUUUUGGUUGCAAUCCAUAUCUUGAAAGCAGUAGCAAUACUGUUAACGACAUUUACCCAACGGGUAUUGAAAACCAAAAUAAACAGAAUCCACUUGCGCAAAGCCCUUAUGAUUCUAAUCUUCUAGGUCACCAAAUGAUGAACAGGGUUCCCAGCUCUGAUUCCCUAUUGCACCAGGGAAUGAUUGAUCAAAAUGUGUUUUUCAGUAAACCUGUAGAGCAAAAGUUAGUGAAUGGUAACGGCUACCAUAUCAAUGCUGAUUCACAGGUUCCACACUUACACCUGCAGUCAGCGUCGACCACUUGUGAUGCUUUGCCAGCUUCGGAGAAUAAACCUAAAUGUCAGCAUGACUAUCAACUCGAAAGCACCUCAUCUGAUAUUGUUAAGAUCCAUGAAGAUGCUGAGGCUCAGCUGUGUAAUAUCAGUGGGGGAAUUAUUGAUGAAGAGUCAGGCAGAUCACAGCAGUCUCAUUGUCGAAAGAAAGAGAUUGAUAUGCUUUCUGGGUCGUCUGGUGAUUCUUUUGUGUCUCCUGGACAGCAGGAUCUUGCAUCCCCGUCCUUAGUUCAUAAUAUUGAUUCUCAAUUCCCUAAGCAUUCUACUAAAGUUGCUGCUUAUGGAGGGGAUAAUAUGCUCCAUUCCGAUAAUAAUUUUGAUCAUCCAAGUGAGAAGCUUGAGACUUUGGAACACAGACAUGGGAAUGAUUUAACAGUGGCUAAUAAAAUUGGUCGAGCGGAGCCCUUGAAUAUGCAGAAGCACAAUCAGGAGCCUCUGCUUGUUAUUGGAGACGUGUGCAAUUAUAUGCCUGAAGCAGUUAAUUGUUCUUCUGCACUUACUCUUCAUCCAGUGGAUGUUUUCUCUGAUAAUGGUUCAGCUCAGCCAAGUGUAGCUGAUGGAGAUGACCUUCGCACAGAAAUUGACUCUGAGGAUUCUAAGGCUGCUGGCAUACAUAAGGAUGACUCUGUCAUUGAUGCUGUGAUGGCUGAAAUAGAAGCUGGCCUCUAUGGACUGCAGAUCAUCAAGAAUGCGGAUCUUGAAGAAUUGAGAGAAUUAGGAUCUGGUACUUAUGGGACUGUUUAUCAUGGGAAAUGGCGAGGAACAGAUGUUGCUAUUAAAAGAAUUAAAAAGAGUUGCUUUUCUGGACGAUCAUCUGAGCAAGAGCGAUUGACUGGAGACUUUUGGAGAGAGGCACAAAUACUUUCAAAGCUUCAUCAUCCAAAUGUACUCGCAUUCUAUGGGGUGGUUCCAGAUGGAGCUGGAGGAACCUUGGCAACUGUGACAGAGUUCAUGGUGAACGGUUCACUCAGAAAUGUUCUUGUCAAGAAGGAUCGAUCACUUGAUCGUCGGAGAAAACUCAUCAUUGCCAUGGAUGCAGCUUUUGGCAUGGAAUACCUGCACUCGAAAAAUAUUGUUCAUUUUGAUCUGAAAUGUGACAAUUUGCUUGUUAACAUGAGGGACCCACAACGACCUAUAUGUAAGGGAAUGACAACCAAUAGAGAAGGGGAAUGGUAGCAAAGUGACUACUUUUAUUGGGUGGUUAGUUCAAGCCUUGGAAUGGAAAGGAAAUGGUCCAUUACAACAAAGUAAUGGAUUUUGUUACUUGAAGAAUGAGAGAAAGGUAACGAAUUGGGGGAGUCCAUUACAACCAAGUAAUGGUAAUGGCUUGAUGAGGAUUCAACAAGAAGAAAGGAAAUUGUAAGUGAUUCUGUUUCUUUUAGCCCAAAAAAUAAUGAACCAAAAAUGCUCUUAGUUUAUAAUGAGUUUGGGCGAGUGGAAUUCUAUUUCGUGACCUGACAUCCAAACUCUUAAUCAGUACAGUUUUGAUACAAACUAAGCAAUUACAAACUGCUUGGUGUUCAUCAAAUUAAAGAACGAAAGAAUUGUAAACCUUUUUUUUUUUCCUUCAUAGUGGUAGCUUAUUUAAGUCACCUCUUUUCAGGAACGAAGUCUUCGUCAUCCUAUUUUCCAUAACUCGACCCACCAUUUCCUCAUUCUUUUUUCUCUUCUCCAGCAAAAUGCUAUCUUUUUUUUUUUCAAGGAAUAACAAAACUAAUAUUAAAGUUAACUAACGUAUGAAAUUUCUAUGACUAUUAUUUCUAAUUCCGUCCUGAUUUAAUUUUUGGUAUCAUUAAGAACUGGCAUUGAGUAUUUUGGGAGUUGGACCCUAUCCCAUAAACUGUGAAAUCAUAGAUUUGGCACUUUGGGAGUUUUAUGAGUAGGAUUACAUGAUAAGUACUCAAGAAUUACAUUUCUCGGUUUAUCUACAUAUUAGAAAGAAAGUGAAUUUUUUGAUAGUACUGAACUUAAGUGUUGUAAAAUUUGUGUUGGUUUUUUCAUCUAAACAUUAGGAUUGAACUCUAUUUAUACUUUAAUUUCGAAACCUUAACUCUUAUAGAACUAGGACUGAUAAAAUUAGUCCAUUAAGCUUUCAGAGAUGACUAUUAAAUACGAUUCUGAAUGAUGUUCAAAUCUGGAAUACUUGUGUGCACAGUGCACCAGCUAGUUGUUUUCCAUAGGUUCUGAUGUCCAUUGGUGUUCAGUUCAGCUACCUGUCGCUUGUGAUCUCAAAUCUUGUGUAUUAGUAAGGAAUUCUUUGUGAAUUUGUAUUACUUGUCCAAUAUCUACUAUGAAUUCUUAAUUGUUGGCAAUGUUAGUUGGACUCAGAGUAUUGCUGUCACGCACAGACUGAUAGACACAUAUUGAGUGUCCAAUUCUCCAUGCUCUAGACGACAAGGGCCACUCCCCUCCAAUGGGUAUCAUCGUCAUUUUUACGUGGAUGGUGGACCUAUUCUGUAUGUUUGAUUAGUGAGUGAGUGUCAUCAUGUUUUGAUGCAGUUUUCCAUGAAUGCUGCUGUCUUUGUGGAAAUGUAAGAUACUAACAUAUUCUUAUGGUGCUGAUUUAUAACAAUGUUCCUUGUUAAUAAUAUGGUGGGAUGGAAAGACCUGCAUGUUAUACCUGUAUCUGGCUUCUUUAUGCUGUUCGUAUAGGCUGUUUAUUAUCUCAGAUUUUUCCUUGGCCGGGG